AUGGGUGAAAAUACACCUAUAUACGACGAAUCACCUCUAGGCGCAAUUUUAAGUUCAUUUUUAGCUAUUUUUCUUUCAGAAAUAGGUGAUAGAACUUUCUUUAUUCUGAUUGUUCUGUCAAUGACUUACUCUCCAAGCGCAGUUUUAGUUGGAAAUCAAGUUAUCAUGACGGUAAUGAUAAUAAUUUCAGCUUAUAUAGGCUACGCUGCACAACUUCUGAUAGACCAGAUCUACAUAACUAUUAUAUCAUCAGCUCUUUUUUUUAUAUUUGCUGGAUUAUCUUUUUAUGAAGCUUUCAAAAAAGAUGAUGAUUCUGAUAGUGAUAGUGAAGAUCUGCAUGAAAACCUAAUUUCAUCACCAAACUGGUUCAAAACGUUUUGGAAAACUAUAGUCCUGGCAUUCUUUGCAGAAUGGGGCGAUAUAUCUCAGCUCAGCAUCAUAACUAUAUCUGCUGUCACAGAUCCAAUUUUUACGAUUAUUGGAGCUUUCUUUGGAAUUGGAUUGUGCAGUGUUUGCUCAGUUCUAAUUGGAAAGUUAACAAAUAAGUAUAUGCCUGAAAAGUAUAUGAAAAUUCUUGCAGGAAUAGUUUUUAUGAUUUUUGGAGGAUUAACUAUUUUAUCUAUUUUUUAUGAAAUCUAA